AUGCAGGGGAAGCUGCAAAAGGGGAAGCUGUCACGAUCGGCUGUAGAGUUGGGUGUGGGUGAGGGGAGAAGGGGUGGUGUGAGUGGGAGAGGGAGAGGGAGAGGGGGAGGGGGAUUUGAGAGGGUGGACGGGAGUGAGGAUGGGAGGAUGGGUAGUGGUGAUGGUGACUGUGUGAGUGAUAGCAGCAGCAGCAGCAGCACGAGCCUGAGCGCUAUGAUUGGUGGAACGGCAGCUUCUGCUACUGAUCUUUCUGCUGAUGUCAGCGUGGAUGAAACCGCCAGCAGUGCAGCGAACACCGCUGCUGACGUGGAGGUUGACAUGGAUGCUGACAUGGACGACGGAUCCGAUGACAUCAGCAUGCCGAUUCGGCGGGAGUUUCUAGGGUUUGCUCUGGCUCACUGCGAUGAAGCUUCCCUCCCGGACCUGCUAGCCUCGUGGCAAGGCUUGGACGCCACAGAACGGUGCGUGGCGCUAGGUGCGGCGACAGGCUUGGUGGUCCCGGGCCUGCGAGAGCAGGAGGCGCUUCUCCCGGACCUAGCUGCCGGCCGAGCCUCGGGCAAGUGGGAAGGCACGGAAGUGCUGGUGGUUCCCGAAGCUACUACAGCCGGUGCUACAGCCGGCAGCAGCAAAAUCCGGGGGAAGGGAGGGAGCUCAGGCCUUACAACCACCAGCACUGGAAGAAAGCUGGCUAGUCUGGGUGGGGGACGGGGGGCGAUCGGGAGGGACGUGGGGAGGAGGGCACUGGCGCUGGUGUCGCCGUCUGAUAAGCUCCUGACUGAAGCCGCCCGGAGUGCCCUCACUGCUGGGGACAUAGUCUCUGCUGCAGCAGCUGCGGCCGGUCUGUGGGGGGCGACUGGAGGAGGAGUAAGGGGAGUGGGUGGCUUGUCAGGUGCUGUCUCAGGUGGUGGAUCAGGUGCUUCCGAGUCAGGUGCCUUGUCAGGUGCUGGGCCAGGUGGAGGGGUAAGUGCUGGUGGUUCUGGGGCAGCGGAAGGGAAAGAAGUUAGCCCUACAGCUGCUGUUGCAGCUGCUGAGGUGGCAGCGUGCGAUUCGCUGGCAAUGGCGUUUCUGCUGCAGGCGGGGGAUUCAGUGCGGGCGGCAGGGGUGAUCGAUGCUGAGAUGGCGAAACGGGACGGGGCGGAUGCUAAGCGGCGGUUCGUGCUGCUGCUGCUGCAAUUCUCUUCUCUUCAUGCCACGCUCUUCCUCCUAGCUGCUCAGCCCUUCUUAUCCUUCCUCUCUCAAACUCCCCUCCCUCUCUCCUCCCGCUCUCCCACAGCCCGUGCGCGCCAGCUGUGCAAGCGGUGGUGCGAGGUGGCGCUGACGAUGCAGGGGCGGCUGCGAGUGGUGGAGGACACGCGGGCGCUGAGAGCGCUGCUGCCGCGCGCUGACGUGGCGCGCUUCGUGGCGCGUGACGUGGCGUACAUGGAAGCCGCUAUCGCCUCAUUGGUCGAUGAGACCGAUGCUACUGCUGCUGCUACUGCUGCUGGGGGAGGAGUCAUGGCAGAGGCAGUGGGGGGGCCGAUGCCCCACACUCUGGCCUCGGCCCUCUCGCUUGCGCAGCUCUACCACGUGGACGCCUGGCAGGUUCAUCUGACGUACAUCCGUUCAGUGCUGCUCUCUGAUUGGCCGAUGCAAGAUAUCAUUGCUGAGGUGGAGGCACACAAAGCCGCCAUCUGUACUCGUCCAGCGUCAGCCUUCUCCUUCCUCUGGACCUCUGUGCUCCCUCGCCUUCUCACUCAAAUACAGACAAAACCGCACACUCACGCACCGUCACACGCUCAGAAACAUCCCUCCACGCUCCCCACCCUCGCUCCCUACCUCCUCCGCCUCCUCUCCUACUGCCUCCUCUCCUCCCUCUCCCCUCCCCCUCCUCCCUCCUCCCCUCUCACCCCCUCUUCUCCUCUCUCCCGCCUGCUCUCAUUCCCGCUCCCGCCAACCCCUCUCACCGCACUCAACUCCUUCGUAUCGUCAGCGCAGAGCACAGCAUCCCUCGCUCCCAGGCUCUCUCUUUUAGCAGACCAGCUUGAGAAGGCAGGAGGGCUUGAACCGCCGUUGAAUGGGUGGGUUCUUCUGGGGGCGGCUGUUGCUGGUGAAGCAGAAGAGGAGAGCAAUGUGGGUAUAAACGGGGUGGAGAGAGCGGUUGAGAGGGAGAUAGAGCGGUGCUUCGAUGGGUCCUCUGUGCUGGCUGCUGCUGAGAUCAUUUCGUCUUUGACUGCCGCUGUGCCUGCAGCUGCUGCUUCUGCAGCACCUGCUACAGCAGGAACAGCAGCAGCAGCAGCAGCAGCAGCAGCAGCAGCAGCAAAGGCAGUUACAGCAGGAGGUUCAAGCGACCUAGCCGUACAGCCCCGCUUUGACCAGAGCCACCUGCUCUGGCUCUUUGCUAAGUGCCAGUUGAGACAAGCUGGUGUGCUUGCUGAUCAAAUGUCCCCAAGUGUUUCACUAGAAGGGAGGAAUGGUGAUGGGAUGGUGGCAAUAGGUGGGAAGCAAGACAGCAAGACGGGCAGGGAAGAAAGUGCACAGGCAGGCGCGAAAGAAGGCGAGAAGGCUAGGAGAUUCAGUUUGGAGGGGCUCCAGUCUGCGCGUGUGGCCAUGGCUGGGUCCCUCUCCUUGCUCUCAGAGGUUAAGCGGCGGGAAUUCACGCUCCUGCUGCUGCAGGGAUGCGAGCGGUGGGUUCUAGAGGCGUGUGUUGCAGGGGAAGGCAGUGGUGGGAGGAGAAGCGGGGUGAGAGGAGGUGGUAGUGGGAAGAAUGGGAGGGAAGGGAGGGGUGGGAGAGGGAGGGAUGGAGGAGAGGUGAAGAGGGGUGUGGAGCUUUGGUUAGAUGUUGUGGGAGAUUGGAUAGGGUGUGAUGGUGGGACGGUAGCGGAGGGAGAAUGGAAGGAGGAGAGGGAGGAGAGGGAGGAGUGUGUGGUGGAGUGUGGGAGAUGCAUUCAGAAGCUGCUGACCAAUGGGGUCGUGACACGUCAGCAAGGUGUGCUGCUCCUUCGGUUCCUCUCCGACUCGUUGCUGAACACCCAAGGGUCCUCGGAUGAGAACAAGCGCUUUAACUCGGGCUUUUAUGCGUCAGAUGGUGCUGCUGGGAUGCCCCCUGCUCGCUCUAGUCGCCCUAGCCCAGGCCACACACGGCCGUGA